AAAACAUGGACCCACAUGUUUGACGCGUGAAAAUUUCACCGUGUCUCACUCAGCGGCGAAAGCUCCGAUGAGCAGGUAAAAUGGCCAGCGAGCUGUCAGAAGGGAAAAGUCCGACGUCGUCGAUGGCUGAGGAGGAAGCGAUGGACAUCACUGUGACCACGCAGCUGGAGAACCUCAACGUCACCCCUGAGGAGAUCACACCCGCAGUUACACACAAGCAUCUGGAUGGAGAGACAAACGACGCACACACGGGUGAAACGGCAGCAACGCCCUCUGAGGACGACGUGUGCACUGUGGAAACGGCGUCGGGUGAAGGGGACGGGUUCUGUGUAGGAAAGGACCCCAAACAUGACAGCAGCUCAGAGGAUUCAGACAGCGAUAGCUCCUCUUCCUCCUCCUCCUCCUCUCCCGCUCCGUUUGCUCCUGUGCUGGAAGAGGAAGAUGACGAUGAAGGUUUCAGCCAACCAGCUCUUAAAACACGAGACGAGGUCCUGCCGGAGGAGCUGCCAGCAGUUGAGGAGGUGUGUGUGUCUUUACCGGAAGAUGCAGAGCUCCAGCCAGUAGGAACAGUGUCCAGCAUCAUACAGAAACUUGUUAUCGUCCAGUCUUUGAGAGGCACGCCGCCGUUGACGGACGACAGCUUCAUCUUCGACUCCGACAGGCAGGCUAUGGGGAAGGUGUUUGAGGUGUUUGGUCCGGUUUCAUCACCGUUGUAUGUUUUGCGAUUCAACUCCGUGGAGCAGAUUAGCAACAAGGGCUUAACAGUUGGACAGAGUGUUUUCUAUACGCCCUCUAAUAAAGAGUACACUGGAUAUAUACUUACACAACAGCUUAAAAUGUUAAAAGGAUCUGAUGCAUCUUGGAAGAAUGACCAAGAACCACCUCUAGAGGCUUUAGAUUACAGCGAUGAUGAGUUGGAGCAGCAAGCUAAGAGGAAGAAGAAGCUGAAAGCCAAGAAGAAGGACACAAACGGCACGGAUAAUGCCGCGGAUAUUACCCACGAUGCUUCAUUCCCACAACAUGACGCCAAGGGUCCUCAGCAAAGACAGGCGGGCCCCCACUUCCGACAUCUGAAUCCGAAACACGUACGCGCGCCGUUCCACCACGCCCACCACAGACCUCCGCGGCACGCUCCACCCGUAUACCUGCCUCCCCCCUGCCCUUACCCCCCGCACCCUCCCCCUUUCCCGCCCCCUGCCUUCCCGCUCUACCCUCCCCCUCCCCUUCCCCCUUUCUCACACCCCCCCAUGGCCUCCCCCCCCUGGCCCCCCCACUCCGUUCCCCCUCCCCUCCAUUUCUCUCACUUACCCCCGCCUCCUCCCCCCCCUCCCCCACCCUCGUCUCGGUAAAGGCCAACACGCAUUCGAAUCCC